AUGAAAACACCAUUCUUCAUUUUCAUCGUUUUCUCCACACUCUCACUUUCCAUCGGCCAAAACCCGGAUCCGGUCCUCGACCUUACAGGGAGCACCGUCCGAUCUGCCCUCAGAUACUACGUCAUUCCCGCUAUACGUGGCAAUGGUGGUGGCGUAAAACUAGCGCCAACAACAAUAAACCAAACAUGCCCACUCGAUGUUGUUCAAGAAAACAACGAAUUACUGAACGGGUUACCAUUGACUUUUCUACCAACCAACACCAACAAAGAUGGGACCAUCUUCGAAUCCACUGAUCUUAAUAUUAAAUUCUCGGAUGCAACAACCUGUGGUCGGCCUGCAGUGUGGCGAGUGGAGGUUUCUGGAGGGCAACGGGUGGUGUCGAGCCGUGGGAUGGUCGGAAACCCAGGGCAGGAAACGAUAAGUAAUUGGUUCAAGAUUGAGAAGUAUGAGGACGGGUAUAAGGUGACAUUCUGCCCCUCGGUAUGCAAUACUUGCAGGCCAGCUUGUGCAGAUAUUGGUUCUACUAUUGCUAAAAACGGACGUAGAAGUCUGGUUUUAAAUAACGUGCCUCUUAAGGUCGUGUUCAAAAAGGCAGAUUGACUUUUAUACCCAUCUUGAAUGAUUAUAUAUACUUUCAUCUACUUGUGGUGUAAUUAUUAUAUGAAAUAAAAUAAAAUAAAAUAUUUG